GCGACGUUGUUUCAGUUUCAGACACAUUUUCUUCUCCUCUGUGCCAAAAGUCACACCUCCCCUCUCUAUUUCCAUUCUAUAUAAUUAAAAAAAAAAAAAAUCUCUCUCUUUCUUCCCCAAGAUCCCUCUGCUCUCCCAUUAUAACCCAUCACUUGUUUUCACUUCUCCAUUUUCUUUCACUUUCCAAGCUUCUUCUUCACUGAAAUCCCACCUGGGUUUUUGCAUGCAUUGUUUUUUUUUUCUGUAAUCUUCAUCGAUCCAUCCUCUUUCCAACCUUCAUUUCUGCUUUAAUGGUGGGUUUUGUUUAAGCUUCGAGAUUAGCUUAGUUCCUGAAUGGAUGAGCAGUUUUGAGUAACGGUUAAGAUUUCGAAGACAAGAAGAGGUGAAAAAGGGGAUAAAGUAGCGUGUGAUAUUAAAUGGCGCCGGCUACCAAUUGGCUCUCGUUUUCACUGUCUCCAAUGGAGAUGUUGCGCUCAUCUUCUGAGUCUCAGUUUGUGUCCUAUGAGGACUCCUCUGCGCCUUCAUCUCAUUACUUGAUCGAUAACCUCUAUGCUAAUGGAUGCACACAAGCAAAACCUCAAAUUUUCUUUUCGGAUGAGGAAGAGAUCCAACGCAAAGGAAUGCAUCAACCCCAUACAAUCGCCGAUUCUUCCUUCUUCAUCGACCCUCAAACCCAAACCCAACCGGCGCCAAAGCUUGAAGACUUCCUCGGCGAUUCCUCAUCAAUCGUUCGGUAUUCGGAUAGUCAAACAGAAACCCAAGAUUCCUCCCUCACCCAAAUCUACGAUCAUGGGUCCGCCUACUUCAACGAGCAGCAAGAUCUCAAGGCGAUUGCUGGGUUUCAAGCGUUUUCUACCAACUCCGGAUCAGAAGUCGAUGACUCGUCGUCAAUGGGUAGGACUCAGUUAACCGGUGCUGAGUUCGUCGGUCAUUCAAUGGAGUCAUCAGGCACUGAUUUGGGGUUCUCUAAUUGCCCCACCGGAGCUCUAUCUCUCCGAGUUAAUCAGAGCAGUGAUACCAACAAGACCAGUAAUAAUGACAACAAUAGUAAAGCCAUUGUUUCCGUCGACUCCGAUUCCUCUAAGAAAAUUGCAGAUACUUUUGGUCAAAGAACUUCAAUAUACAGAGGAGUUACAAGACACAGGUGGACGGGUAGAUAUGAAGCGCAUCUGUGGGAUAACAGCUGUAGGAGAGAGGGUCAAGCAAGAAAAGGGCGUCAAGUCUACUUGGGCGGAUAUGACAAGGAAGAAAAGGCAGCUAGGUCUUAUGAUUUGGCAGCUUUAAAGUAUUGGGGCCCUACUGCGACCACCAACUUUCCGAUUUCAAAUUACACAAAGGAAUUGGAGGAGAUGAAACAUGUAACCAAGCAGGAGUUCAUUGCAUCCCUCAGGAGGAAGAGUAGCGGGUUUUCAAGGGGUGCCUCAAUAUACAGAGGAGUGACAAGGCAUCAUCAACAAGGCCGAUGGCAAGCAAGGAUAGGCCGUGUUGCUGGAAACAAAGACCUUUACCUGGGGACAUUUGCUACUGAAGAAGAGGCAGCCGAGGCUUAUGACAUUGCAGCCAUAAAGUUUAGGGGCAUGAAUGCAGUGACCAACUUUGAGAUGAGCCGAUAUGAUGUUGAAGCCAUAGCCAAGAGUGCUCUUCCCAUUGGUGGAGCAGCCAAGCGCCUUAAACUCUCCCUUGAAAUGGAACAAAAACCAAUCCUAAACCUUGAGCAGCAAUCCCAGUAUAGCGCUGGUAGCAACAACAUUAGUUUCUCUGCUCUACAGCCUGUUUCUGGCAUCCCCUGUGGCAUCCCCUUUGAUCCCACAGCAAUCUACCAUCAGAACCUCUUCCACCACCUUCAAGCCACUAACAUUGGCAUUUCUGACUCCCCAAGCUGCACCCCAUCUGUGCCAACUUCGAUGCCUGUAAUGCCACAGCCGGCUGAGUUUUUCAUAUGGUCCCACCAGUCUUACUAGAAUGACCAAUUGCUAACUGUAGCAGCCAGUCCUUGUUUAGGCGCAACAUUGCUGAACUGCAUCUGAUCCUCAUCACCACCCGGUAUUCUACCUCUAACCUGAGCAAGAGUAGGAUAAGGCAGGUCCUUUUAGUCUCAGGUUAAAAGUUCUAGUUGAAUAUGUAGGAAAGCUUGAUCCUGUAAAGUUAUCUUUAAAUAGGUAGGUGGGAAUUUUGUAUGUUUUAACAAUGAGCAAUUUAACCA